AUGCUGGAGGGGCGUCUUCUCUCUUUCAAGGUGUCACCAGUACAGAUGAAGUCCUCUUUGCUGCUUCUGUGUCACCUCUGGCUGUUCAGCCCCACACCUCUCUCACAGGCAUCAGACUUAGCACAAGGCACCUCCAGUCUAACAUGUUGGUAUGACUCACGGGCAGCUCUCUUCUGUGACUGGAAGCCAGGCAAGGACCUGGUUGAAGCAUCAUGCCAGCUAGAGAUUUUGUCGACCUUCCAUCUUUGUGACAGUUUCUCACAUAAAAAAUUCAAGGAGCACUGUGAGUUACCCAAGGCAGAACACAUGACAGGACUGAGGAGAUGCAUCAAGACCUUCAGUAAAAACAGCAAUACUCAAUGCUUCACCGCUGCAGACCGUCUGACCUUGUCUGUCCACUGCAAGAUUGGAGAGAACAGGUCUAUACCUGUGCGAAUAGAAAAUUUCAGUCCACUUGAAAAUAUAAAGCUGAGGCCUCCAGGAAAUCUUCAGCUGGUUAGCAAAACUGACAACACCUACAACUUAACGUGGAGCCUGAAUAUUUCCUCUCACUAUUUGUACGGGGAACGGGAAUAUCAAGUGCGGUAUCGGACCACAAAUCAGUGCUGGGAGGAGGCCAAGAACUUCACCAUUGUGCAGGAUCAGAUGUGGGUUGUGCUUGAGAGCCUCUCCCCUGGCUUGAAAUACGAGGCAGCUGUCCGUGCAGGGCCCGGUGCCUCGAGUAUCUGCAAGGGCGUCUGGAGCGACUGGAGUGAGACGAUACUGUGGAGGACACACGCUGACCAAAGACCCCGGGCAGUCUUGCCAGCUUUUAUAGUGAGCACCUGCAUCUUUGUGGUCAUUGGGACUGCCUUCCUUCUUAACUUACGGACUUCAAAAUGGUGUAAGAAUAUCCUGAAGACUCACAUCCCAGACCCUGAGAAGUUCUUUCCCACGCUAUUUGCAGUUCAUGGAGGUGAUAUUCAGAAAUGGCUCUCCUCCCCAUUCUCCACAUCCUCCUACUGCGUGAACAGUACAACCUCAGAGAUCUCCGUGCUUGAGGUGAUGCAGAAGAAUGACCAGGAAUCCCAAUUUCUACUUUCCAAAGGAACCCUGACUCCUGAUCCUCCCUUAGAAACAAGUGGGCACUCUGUAUCCAGUUGUUUCACCAACCAAGGCUACUUCUUCUUCCACUUUUCCAACUCCUUUGAGGUAGAGCCCUGUCAGGUCUACUUCACUUAUGAGCCUUUCACCCAGGAGGGCAGUGGCAGUGAGGAUGGUGAGUUUUAUCAUGCUCUCCCCUCCCCAGACCUCUGCACACUGGCAGAAGACAUGCCCAUGUUGUCCCACAACUUUCUUCACUGUACCAAGGCAACCCAGGGCUUCCAAAAUGGCUCCUUCAUGGAAGAGACAGAAGGUAAAGCUCAACGGACUAUGGCUAUUUCUAAGGCUCUGCAGUCAAGUGAAGACACCUCAACAGCACCAGUUCUGAAGCAGGAUGAGAAGGUGAUGGACAAAACAGCUUCACAACCUGCCGAGGCCCUGUGCAAGCUGGACACUGACUUUCCUGACCCACCAGAUCUUCAUGACAGAGAUACUAUUGAUGCAAUGGAGGGGAACGGAGAGGCAGGCCCUCCAACUGAUCCCUGUACACCAGCAGCAAACACUGUCUCUUCUUUUUCUCAGCCUCCACCUCUAGAGCAAAGCCAGGAUGAGAACCCAUGCAGAGCAGCCUUCUCCAGCCAGGUCCCAAACACUGGUGCCUACCUUUCUCUGAGGGAUCUCCAAAGCCAGUACAGCCAUUGUUCUGUCUAGGAUCUACCAGAAGGAAAUUCAUGGGUGGGAAAGGCCUUCUCUUCAGGGAACUUUUUGUAUUCAGGACAUGAAUGUCACUUCAACAUCAAACCCAUUUGGACUAUUCUUUCUUUAACAAGGCUGGAGAACACAGUUACUGCAGAGGGCUGCAAGACCAGAAAAGGGAUAGGAUGGACAAGGUGUAAAUUCAUGGAUGGCUACGUGGGUAGCACUAGUUCCUCAGGUAAAGGGUUAGUGAAACAGACUGCUGGAAAUGAGAGGACAUGGAGAACUUGGCUAGUGGACAGUAAAGCAACACAGAGAUAAUGCUGAAGGAACAUUAAGGCUGUUUAGUGGCUACACAGCUAACAGAGACACAGAAACCUGAUUCUUGGAUAUAAGGGCCAACAAGAACUCACCUUCACAACUGAACCUGUUUCUCUGCUAUUACUGGGUCUGAUGGCAUAGAAACCCCUUCCUACACUGCUCAAGUGCCAUCCCAAACCUCACCAGAGUGAUUUUUCCAGCCCAGUUCCUGGUAGGAGGCUGUGCAAGCCCUUCCA